GCUAGCAAGUUUCUGAAAAUAAAUAAAUAAAGAAAAUCUCCUCCCUAUCCUUGAUGCCAAACGACUACAUAAACCAUAAUACAAAUAAUUAUUAAUACUUCAGAUUCCAUAACAUUACCCCAGAGGUGCUGUAGUCCGUUUAAACGAAAAAAAAAAAAAAAGUUAUUCAUAUUAGCUGUUAGCGGAUUAGCUUCAGGCUGUUUAACACAGGAGGUCCUGCGCGGAGACAAAAUGAAACUCUACAGUUUGAGCGUGUUGUAUAAAGGUUCAACGAAGGCCAACCUGCUUAAAGCCGCAUAUGAUCUGUCAUCCUUUAGUUUCUUCCAGAGAUCCAGUCUGCAGGAGUUUAUGACGUUUACCAGCGCGCUUAUUGUUGAACGUUCAGCUUUAGGAACUCGUGCGUCUGUCAAAGAACAAGAGUACUUGUGUCAUGUAUACGUGCGCAAUGACAAUCUUGGAGGCGUGGUGAUCGCAGACAGUGAAUAUCCCUCCAGAGUGGGUUUUACUUUACUCGAUAAGGUGUUGGAUGAGUUCUCCAGGCAGGUGAACAGCAUCGACUGGCCGUCUGGGUCACCAGCGACUAUACAGUACACGGCACUGGACAGUCACCUGGCAAAAUACCAGAAUCCUCGUGAGGCGGACGCUAUGACCAAAGUGCAAGCUGAACUGGAUGAAACUAAAAUUAUUUUGCACAACACAAUGGAGUCACUCCUAGAUAGAGGAGAGAAACUGGAUGAUUUAGUGCAGAAAUCUGAGCAUCUGGGAAACCAAUCGAAAGCCUUUUAUAAAACGGCACGCAAGCAGAACUCGUGCUGUGAGGUCAUGUGAUCACUAUGAAGUAUCUAAUUGGACUGGACUCUUUUUGGCCACACUUCCUCUCUCUUUCUGUUUUUUUCUCUCUUUCUCUCUUUUGGUCUGGGCUGGUGCGCUCACUGUGCAUCAGUCAUGGUAAAUGCAGAACAGAGGGAACUGAACUGACAUUAUACGAUAAAAGGCUCAGAGGGGGCUGAUUUCCCAUCAUGCACCACACUUACUCUGCCAUCCGUUUUGAUGUUGUUUUUGGUGUCCCUUUGAAGGGUACGUGAAGCUCUCGACGGUUCCUCAGGGUCUGGCCCAAACGCAAAGGAUACGAUAAAAGCAUAGAUGGGGUCGCGAUACAUGUCCCCGCUGUGCCUUACUUGUAGUCGACAAAAAUGUUGAUAUUAGACAGCUAUUCAGACUGUUUAUUUAGCCUUAUAAACGAAGGACGUUUUGGGUGAAAAUGCUGCAAUCUCAAUUUAGUGCUCAUUAUUCGGCUUUGGCAGUUUUGAAGCGCCUUGUUAGAGUGAAAAUGUAGUGUUUCGUCCUGGGUGAAUCCUUUUUUUUAAAUGUGAAAAUGCAAAAUAAUGUGCUAAUAACUACUGGAUUUAAAUGACUAUCUGGAGUGAUAUUUGCAUAAAUCUUCAACAUUGUGCACCGUGUAAGUGGCUGACCAAAUUAAAUGUUUCCAAGUCUGUUUCUAGAAUUAUUUGUACAAUUCUUAUACUUUUCUCUCUUGAAAAUGUAAAUAAAUAAUUGAUCAUAUUGACUUUGGUUUCCUGCAUCAUUUCCGGGAGUUUUUAUUGCAAUUCGGGUUUUAAUACUUUGUCAACGCACAUACAAAACAU